AUGGCUAAUGGAUUUGAUUACCUUGGUGGGGGGUAUGACACCUCAUCACUUAAAAUUCUUGAACCCGGACUCUCACUGACCGCUACCAGAUAUGUUUUCUCGACCGCUGAGCCAGCUGGCUCCGUGCACUCUUUCACUUCGGACGCUACUCAUGGCUCCAAUUGUGAAGAAUUGUUUGAGGACGAUCUUCCACCAAUGGCUGUUAUCAGCCGUCUCUAUGAUGUGCUCGAAGAGCUCAUGAUGGUCAUGAGAGCUCGCGGUAAGGCUGACUCGCAAAAGGAGGCUAAGCAUACUCAUGAAUCUCCUCUUGCUAAGAACUUGACUCUGUUCGGGGAGAUCACACCUUCCGCGAAGGCUGCUGAGGAGCGUUCGGGAAUGGAAGGUUCCGUCCCUCAAAAGCUCAGUGUUGGAUUUGAAUUCGGGCAGAAAAAGCCGGUUACUUUCACCGCUGAGAAGUAG